AUGGCUCAUUUGUUGAUGUCAACAGAGGUGCCCAAGCGUUCCAUUGAGGAAUACUUGAUGUUCUUCAGGCACUAUACCAAGAGAUCUGUUGUACUGUGGCAAGCAGUGCUUAGGAGGAUCUACGCCUGGUUUCAGCCUGGAUACAGGCUCUUUGAGAAAGAGCCAGAAGAAAAAGAAGAAAGAAUUAAAUUUAGGAAGAAAUUCCUGAGUGUGAUGUUGCCUCGGGAUAUGCCAUUUGGUGGAGGGAAACGUCCUAACUAUCAUUUGGGGGCAGAAAUGUAUCAUCCUAAUUUCUGUGCUCAGCAAUUUGGCUGCCCUAAGCUAAUUCCUCUCAAGUCAUACCGGAGCUGCAACCGUGCUACCUCUUGGAGGGAUUCAGACGACUUGGACGUACAUACGAACUGCAGAUGUUCGGUAAAUAAAAUUAACCACAGUGUGGAUGCUCUCUACCCCUCGUGGGAGCCUAAUUCCUGCAGUUCUACUGAUUUUGACGCUUGGUGGAAGGCUAGGUUCCAAGGUUUUUCUGCCUCAAGCACUGCCCUCAAGUUGAAAGCCCUCCUCCACCUGCCACUAGAGCCUGUAGCUGUUCCUACCGAAACUUCUGGAACUGAUGAUGAGCUGCAAGAGGCUUUUAAAGGUGUUGAGCAGGAGAAAGGACAAGAAGAAAAAGAAGAUGUCCCUCUAAAAGAGAAGGACAAAGAGCCUAAAGAAUAUAAGGAGAUUCCUGCUGAGAACAUUCUAUUGCUGCCCCCGGAGCUUGAGGUAGAGGCAGAACACUUUUGUUGUAGUUCCUGUUCCUUAGCCGAGAACAAGAUUAUUGGGGUCCUAUCUGUGGUGACCAGUCCCUUCAAGCCUCCUUUUGUAGCUAUGCCCAUCCACUCUUUUCCAGGCUCACCUACUACGGCUUCCUUUGAUGAUCCAGAAUUGGCAGAGUUUGAAGCUAUGGACUUGGAUGCUCAGCUGGACAAACUAGAGAAGCUUAGCUCCACUUCUGGCAAGGCAAAAUCCAAGGCGGUGGAUAGAAUGAAGAUCUGGCAGUCCACUGAACUAGAUUUGGACAAAAAUCAAGAGGCUGUGGACCAACUAAUGAAAGAUCUGGACUAG